AUGGUAAUUUCCAAUAAUACCACAUCCUCCUCCAUCACCCCGUCAAACUUCCUCCUCACUGUAUUCCCCGGUCUGGAAGUUGGACAUGUCUGGAUCUCCAUUCCUGUCUGCUGCUUCUACACCAUUGCUCUCUUGGGAAACAGUAUGAUCCUGUUUGUCAUCAUCGUAAGGAAGAAUCUCCACAAGCCCAUGUACUAUUUCCUCUCUAUGCUGUCGUCGGUUGACCUAUGUCUGACUGUCUCAACUCUCCCCACUGUGCUUGGGGUUCUUUGGUUUCAUGCCCGAGAGAUCAGCAUUCAAGCCUGUCUUAUUCAAAUGGUCUUUGUACAUGCCUUCUCCUUCCUGGAGUCCUCCGUGUUGGUAGCCAUGGCUUUCGAUCGCUUCAUGGCUAUCUGCAACCCACUGCAGUAUGUCAUCAUUCUCACAGACAUGAUAAUUAUAGUGAUUGGACUAGUCAUCUGUAUGCGACUAAUAAUUUUUAUGUUUCCUAUGGCUCUAGCUCUGAAGAGUGUAUCUUUCCAUGGUGGUCAGGAGCUUUCCCAUCCAUUUUGCUACCACCCAGAUAUAAUCAAACACACACUUUCCAACCCCUGGUUCAGCAGUUUUUGGGGCAUGUUUCUUCAGCUCUAUCUGAAUGGCAUUGACUUACUGUUUAUUCUUUUCUCCUAUGUUCUGAUUCUUCGCACCAUCCUGAGCAUCUUGACCCCUCAGAAGCAACGAAAAGCUCUCAGCACCUGUGUCUGUCACAUCUGUGCUGUCACUGUUUUCUACGUGCCGAUGAUCAGUCUAUCUUUGACACAUCGCCUCCUCAGCUCUACCCCGAGAGCAGUCUGCAGCAGUUUGGCCAACAUUUAUUUACUCCUACCACCUAUACUGAACCCCAUCAUUUAUAGCUUGAACACCAAGACUAUCCGUCAGGCUAUGCUCCAAGUGAUCCUAUCUAAGGGUUCAUGGGGCCCCCUGUGA